AUGUCGACGCCAAGCUCGCGGCCGUCCAGUAUCGCUAUUGAUGACCUCCAGGACGAGACACACGAGUCGCGCACGUCCCCUCCUGCCGGCCCCAUCACGAUACCGCUUUCUCCAGUGCAGGACAGCAGCAACAACAGCGAAGACCGAUACGACGACGACCUCCUCCAGUCCUCGUCAACCGCGACGCUGCUGUCCCUCACGAACUCGAUCCGUGGCGAACGUCCACUGCCGUCUCUCCACUCCCCGCUCGUGUUCCGUGACGUCCCGUUCUCCGUGACGUUCCUACUGCAUCUGGUGGUGCUUCUGCUUCUCACGGACCGACUCCGCUCGGACCAGGAGCGACGGCACGACCGCAGCGAAGUUGUCGGUGAGCUGCUGGACGACGAAGUGAGCCGGACUUUGGCUUCUGAAGAAGUCGUUGUGGCUCUGCACUCGCUCUGCCUUGUCAACUUGCUCUUUGCGCUGGGCUGGCUGCUUUCGUUUGUCUUUUAUUCCAAGCGGCACUUUGUCCAAGGCUCGUGGGUGCUGAACAUCGUCGGGCUCUCUGCACUCGCUGUGUUCCUGCUCUUUUUACUGGACUUGAGCUAUGCUCUCGUCUGGGGCAUUCUAUGUGUGGCGAUUGUGGGGCUUGACUUGGUCUGGUACGUGCGCUGUAACGGUGGCCUGGACUUUGUCGCAGUGUUCUUUGACCUUGUUGUGGAGCUCCUUGUGACGCACCCGGCGCUUGGGUAUGUUACAUGUACGACAUUGGCAGUGUAUACUGUUUGGGCUAGUUGGGUCUGCACGACGAUCGGGUAUGUCCAGCACGAGCUGUCGCUCUGGAGCUUUUCCAUCAUGUACCUCGCCUUCCACUUUUACUGGACGUCAAAUGUGUUGAAGAACAUUCUCACUGUUGUUGCAUCGGGCACGACCAUGAUAUGGUACUACCAAAACGAGCCAAGCGACGUAUUGGCUGCGACAGACAAAUGCGAGAGCGUCACAGACCGCGACGCUUCACGUGGAGAGACAUCUGACCAUGCACAGCAAGAUUUGAUGAUUGGCAACCUCGACCGCAAGGUCGUGCUGCACUACGCGCGGUGUGCAUUGUCGAGUUCGUUUGGAUCAAUUUGUAUCGGCUCCUUGCUGUGUCCUUUAGGACACCUUGUGUGGAUUGCUCUACGCUGGGCUCGGCGAGACGAGUCAGUUCUCUCACGAUGGUUAAUGUUGCUGCGCUCGGAACGAGUUGAGCACUUUAUUCGCACGUAUCACAAGUACUCUUUUGUACACAUUGCAGGCUAUAACAAGCCGUACUACGUGGCAGCACACGAUUCAUGGGAAUUGAUUGAAUACUACGGCGUGGAAGCUAUUGUAGACGACGAUCUGACCAGUCGCAUCUUACUGUUUGCUAGCAAUGGCUGGGCCGGCGUCAUGAGCACGCUGACUGCGCUAGCACUAUCCAGUGCUUCGACACACGCUACUUUCUGUACACUGGUGUCAUUCACACUUUGCUACACGACUAUUUCGUUGGCUUCACAAGUGAUUGCAGCGGUCAUUAAGACGCUGUUUGUUUGCUUUGCCGAGAAUCCGGAACGACUCAGCCAGCUGCACCCCCUUAUUUACCACCGGUUUGUGCGACUUACUGAGCUCAAGAGCUUUCACGACCACAGGGCAUCCGCCUAUUGUCGUCCGUAG